GGGGGGGGGGGGAAGGAGGCAGGACUUUGAUCAGGCUAGGAUAUGGUGGGUUGAAGCCAAUGUGUAGUUGAAAACAAAGCUGGGGUUGUGCUGGACCCAUGGGAACUCUAGAGUGGCUGCUUCACAAGCCAUGCCUUCAGGUGGGAGCAGGGGCCCUUUGUCCCAGGCCUAGUCUGCUGGGCCAGCUUGCUAAGAGUUAUAGGAGUUAGACCAUGGGGGAUUCAAGAUGGAUCAGGAGAGCUUUGCUGAGGGCAGAACUUGCCUAACCCAUUCAGGCUGGAGUGGCUUAGGAAGGUAGACAGUGCAAGGGAAUCCCAGGCAUGGGCCUACUCCUAGUAAACACUUGCUGGCUUCUAGGGCAAACAGGAAGGAAGGGAAUAGAGAUCAUAAACCCUAGUGGUUGGUAGAGUCUAAGUGGUCCUUCCCCCAAGUGCACUGGCAGAGACUCCUAAUGCCCAGCACCUACCAACUUGGCACCCAGGGCCACACACACUGGCCUUUAUUCUCAAGAAGCCUGUGGGACAGGCUUUUGCUGUUCCCUACGACUACUAAUGGGACUCCUGUUGUAGCAUGCAAUGGGGUCCUUUGUGCUGGGACCACCAUCUCAUUCUUGGAAACACGCCCCAGGCAGCAGCAGAUAAAGGGGAGGAGAAAGGACUUGAGGGCGGGGCAAGUGGUGAUGUUAGGGAAGGGGACCUUUCAUAAACCCCAGCCUUCCAGUGGGCACAGCUGGGCCAAGAGGAUCAAAAGGCAUUGGGGAGUGAGGAAGACUAUCUCUGGAGCAGCAGGUUAGUGACUCAUCUAUGGCCUCUGGGCUGGAUGGGUGGGUGAGGGAGCCACUGGAGAAUCCAUUCAGGGCUAUACUGGAGGGUGACUUUGACCUUUUGGAAAGAUUGGGAUAGGUGCUGAGACCUCACAAGUAGACCAAGUUCAGCCUGGACACCUGAGCAGGUUCUCGGGAUCCUGUGAAGAUCUCAGAUGACACUUGGAACUGUGGGUAUACAAAAAAGACUGGUGUCCAGCAGAGGAAGACUUACCAACUGUGACCACCUUGGCCAUGAGGUAGUGAGGGGUCUGGCUUCAGAAUGAGUCCAGAAGGUCAGGGCCAUCUAUGUGGGUCCUGUAGACAGAUGGAACAGUGGUCCAUAGCACUGAGACCUUAGUUUAAAUUCCCAAGAUGGAUACGUAUAACCACUCUAGAGCAGUGGUUCUCAACCUUCCUAAUGCUGCGACCCUUUAAUACAGUUCCUCAUGUUGUAGUGACCCCAACCAUAAAAUUAUUUUUGUUGCUACUUCUAACUAGUUUUGCUACUGUUAUGAAUUGUAAGUAUCUGUAUUCCAGUGGCCUUAGGCCAUCCCUGUGAAAGGGCUGUUCAAACCAUCUGGGGUCACUACUCAGGUUGAGAACCAGUGCUCUGGGGUGUAUCAGCCUAUAGCCUUCCUGCAGGUCUGGGCCCUGCUCAGGGAGAGCUGGAUUCCUUUCAGAGGGUACCCUUGAGUAUACAGGGAAGUUGUGCGGCUACAGGUCCUUUGUUCAGUGGGGUGGGGUAUCUGGAUUCCUCAGGACUCUGGUCACCUCAGAUCCACACAUUCUAGACUGGGUCAUGUGUGUGCCCCCUCCUCCAAAGCGCCAUCCCUGGGCAGUGGACUCUUGGAUCUCUACCCCAUUGGCCUCUCAAGCAUUGUUUCCCAACUUCUGAGAGAACUCAAAGGUUUCCCAAUACUUCUCAUGCCUACCCCAGUGUCCCUGAUGUGCCUGCCCUCCUGCUUCUGCUCUAAUCAGAAUUUGGUCUUAAAUGUCUCCUUUGCUUGAGGGCAAGCCUCCUAAUGUGAGGACCUUAAUGGUAGGAUUCUAUCCAAGCCAAUCCCAGACACCAUGUGGGGCUUCUGGGGCCUCAAGGUCUUGCCACUCUUGGUGAUCCCCACUGUACAUCUGUUGUGGAUGUAAACACCAGAAGGGGCAUGGGAAGGUGUGCUGGACUGGACCCUACUCAGGGAGAAUUGGUUCCCUGCAGAGGGUACUUUGGAGUACACAGGGAGGCUGUGUAGCUAAGGGUCCUUUGUUCAGUGGGAUGCCCUAGUAUGGCUUCAGGGCUGGUCUUAGAUCCUCAGUCUCUGUCACCAUCCCCAUAAUGAUAAGUCAUAGGCCUCUGGGCACACACAUGUCUGUGGAGACAUCCUGCUGGUCCAUGGGAAUGGAUGGAGAAACUAGCUUUCUGGUCAGGGAGGGGGGCAGACAGAUGAAUUAGUAGUGAAGGGCUGUGGCCUCUCCUCCCACAGGCUGCUCACCAUGAGCCUCCGAGGCUCCUACCUCCACUUCUGCCUCUGGAUGUUGUUGGGUGCCACCUUGGCACUGGGGCAGGGACAAGUAAGUGGCCGUCUGAGGUUGGCAGUACUGCCUGAGGACCAGCUGCAGAUGAAGUGGAGGGAAGCAGAGGGAAGUGGCCUUGGCUACUUGGUGCAGGUGACACCUGUGGCAGGGGACUUGGAGCAGGAGCUGAUAUUAACCACCAAGACGCCCAAGGCCACCGUGGGUGGCCUGAGCCCUUCCAAGGGCUACACCUUGCAGAUCUUCGAGCUCACUGACUCUGGGCCUGUCCUUCUGGCACGAAGGGAGUUUGUGAUUGAGGAUCUGAAGAGCCACUCUCUGAGCAGAGGCAGUCGGAGACUGGUGGAACCCACCCUGGAACCCACCUCCUUCCCUCUGGGGGCCUCAGACCCUGAGAAAACACCUGAGUCCAGUAUUGCCUUCACCUCAAGCAGAGACAGGCCCAUUCUUGCUGACACCCAGUUCUGCUGCACACCCCCAACUCCUACUGAUAUAAUCUUUCUGGUGGAUGGGUCCUGGAGCAUCGGCCACAGCCACUUCCAGCAGGUCAAAGACUUCCUGGCCAGCAUCAUCACACCUUUUGAAAUAGGACCAGAUAAAGUCCAAGUAGGUCUGACUCAGUACAGUGGAGACCCCCAGACCGAGUGGGACCUGAAGUCCUUCCGCACCAAGGAGCAGGUGCUGGCUGCAGUACACAGCCUCCGCUAUAGGGGAGGAAACACGUUCACAGGCCUCGCCCUAACCCAUGUCCUGGGGCAGAACCUGAAGCCAGCAGCAGGUGCCCGUCCAGAGGCAGCCAAGGUGUUGAUUCUGGUGACGGAUGGCAAGUCCCAGGAUGAUGUGCGCACAGCUGCCCGAAUUCUUAAGGAUCAGGACAUUGAUGUCUUUGUCGUGGGUGUGAAGAAUGCCGAUGAAGCCGAACUGAAGCUCCUGGCAUCCCAGCCACUGGACAUCACUGUCCACAAUGUGCUGGACUUCCCUCAGCUGGCCACCUUAGCUGCUCUGCUCAGCCGCCUCAUUUGCCAAAAAAUCCAGGGCAGGGGUCCAGUCAAACCAGCAGCAGCUACUCUGGCCCUGGACCCCUUCCCCAUGCCCACCAGACUGGUCCUGACCCACGUCACCUCAUCCAGUGUCCACCUGUCUUGGACUCCAGCUUUAUACCCACCCCUCAAGUAUCUAAUUGUAUGGCAGCCUUCUAGGGGUGGUGCCCCCAAGGAGGUGGUGGUGGAGGGACCUGUCUCAUCCAUGGAGCUUCAAAACCUGACCUCCAACACAGAAUACUUGGUCUCUGUGCUUCCUGUCUAUGAGAGUGGGGUUGGCAAGAGCCUGCAAGGCCGGGCAACCACAGCACCUCUGCCUCCACCGGGGGCACUGACCCUAGCCUCAGUGACACCGAGAACCCUCCACCUCACCUGGCAGCCCUCUGCUGGAGCCACUCAGUACUUGGUGCAGUACUUGCUGGCUGCCUCCCCUGGGGAGGAGCAGAGGAGAGAGGUACACGUGGGGCAGCCUGAGGUACUGCUGGAUGGCCUGGAGCCGGGCAGGGACUAUGAGAUUUCAGUGCAGAGUCUUCGGGGACCAGAGGCCAGUGAGGUCCGGAGCAUCAAUGCCAGGACCACUACCCUGGGGCCCCCAAGACACCUGAGUUUCUCAGAUGUGAGCUACAACUCAGCCUGUGUGUCCUGGGAAGCCCAGAGGCCUGUGCGCCUGGUCAAGGUCAGCUAUGUCUCUAGUGAUGGCAGCCACUCUGGGCAGGCUCAGGUUUCUGGGAAUACUACCUCAGCCACCUUGGGCCCCCUUUCUUCCUCUACCAAGUACAUCGUCCGAGUCACCUGUUUUUACUUCGGGGGUGGUUCCUCCAUGCUGACUGGCCAUGUGACCACAAAGAAAGCUCCCAGUCCUAGCCAGCUGUCUGUAACGGAGCUCCAGGGAGAUGCAGUCAAGCUGUCAUGGGUGGCCACCACCUUGUCUGGUGUACUUGUUUAUCAAAUCAAGUGGAUGCCCUUGGGAGAGGGGAAGGCCCAUGAGAUCUCUGUCCCAGGGACCCUUGACACAGCCAUCUUACCUGGCCUGAUGAGUCAUGUGGAAUAUGAGAUCACCAUCCUUGCCUACUACAGGGACGGCACUCGCAGUGACCCUGUGUCCCUCCGCUACAUCCCCUCUUCAGCAAGCAGGAGCCCCCCAUCCAACCUGGUCUUGUCCUCGGAGACCCCCAACAGCCUACAGGUCAGCUGGACACCACCAAGUAGCCAUGUUCUACAUUACCGGCUCAACUAUACACUGGCUUCAGGCUCUGGACCAGAGAAAUCGAUCUCUGUGCCAAGCACCAGGAGCCAUGUUGUACUUCCUGACCUGCUGUCUGCCACCAAGUACAGGGUCCUGGUCUCAGCUGUCUAUGGAGCAGGGGAGAGUAUAGCAGUGUCUGCCACAUACCGCACAGCAGCCUGUCCAGCCCUGCACCCGGACAGUCCCCUCUCAGGGUUUGACCUGAUGGUGGCCUUUGGUCUUGUGGCAAAGGAGUAUGCCUCUAUUCGAGGUGUGGCCAUGGAGCCCUCAGCCUUGGGUGUGGCCCCCACCUUCACGGUCUUCAAGGAUGCUCAACUCAUGCGGCGAGCCAGUGAUAUCCACCCAGCAGCUCUGCCACCAGAACACACCAUUGUCUUCCUUGUGCGCCUACUCCCUGAAACACCCCGAGAAGCCUUUGCGCUGUGGCAGAUGAUGGCUGAGGACUUCCAGCCCAUCCUUGGGGUUCUCCUGGAUGCUGGCAGAAAAUCUCUGACUUACUUCAACCAUGAUCCCAGGGCAGCCUUGCAGGAGGUCACCUUUGACCUGCAGGAUGCAAAGAAGGUUUUCUUCGGAAGCUUCCACAAGGUACAUGUGGCUGUGGGCCACUCCAAGGUCAGACUUUACGUGGACUGUCGGAAGGUAGCUGAGCGACCUAUUGGGGAUGCUGGCAGCCCACCCACAGCUGGUUUUAUCACACUAGGGAGGCUGGCUAAGGCCAGGGGGCCACGGAGCAGCUCAGCCACGUUUCAGCUUCAGAUGUUGCAAAUCAUGUGCAGCGACACCUGGGCAGAGAAGGACAGGUGCUGUGAACUCCCUGCACUGAGGGAUGAAGAGACAUGCCCAGCCUUCCCUUCUGCCUGUGCCUGCUCCUCUGAGACCCCUGGGCCGCCAGGGCCCCAAGGCCCUCCGGGCCUCCCUGGAAGGAAUGGCACUCCAGGACAGCAGGGACACCCAGGGCCCAAGGGAGAGCCAGGGCCACCUGGACAGACAGGACCUGAAGGCCCUGGAGGUCAGCAAGGGUCACCAGGGACCCAGGGCCGCACAGUCCAGGGACCUAUGGGUCCCCCAGGAGUCAAAGGAGAGAAAGGAGACCAUGGACUCCCAGGUUUGCAGGGCCUCUCUGGCCAGCAAGGCAUCCCCGGGAAAACUGGCCUACAAGGACCAAAGGGAAUGAGGGGACUGGAGGGACCUGCUGGCCUGCCUGGACCACCUGGCCCCAGGGGGUUCCAUGGUUUGGCAGGGGCCAGGGGCACCAAUGGGGAGCGAGGACCCCCAGGGGCUGUGGGGCCAACAGGUCUACCAGGGUCCAAGGGUGAACGAGGAGAGAAGGGAGAGCCACAGUCCCUUGCCACCAUCUUCCAGCUGGUGAGCCAGGCCUGCGAGUCAGCCAUGCAGACACAUGUGCUGAAGCUGAAUCCCUUCCUCAAUGAGAAUGCCCGGCCCCCAAUGCCCUUCAUGGUGGAGACAGCACAGCCAGGCAAACCUGGAUCUAUAGAGUCGCCUGGAUCACAUAAUAAGGCUCUACUUCCUGGAGACGGGGGACAUGCCCACCAUCCUGAGGACCAAGGUGAGCCUGCAGCUAUCAGCCACAUGGGCAGCCCUGGACUGCAGGAGGGGCAGACCCCAGAACCCCUGGAGUGAACAGGUGAAUUUCUCUUACCAUGCCAGCCGUGGAGCAAGAAGGAGGGGCAUCUGGAGUGGAGAUACCUGCUUGGGCUGCACAGUGAGAGGGUGGGAGAUGGUGCUGCCUCCAUCUAAGGGGCACUGUCUAUGAGAGUGGGAUAGAUCUGCACUUGUGAAGCUGGUUGUCCUGCAGACCCCCACUGGGCCAGCAAGUAUGGAGGAGCCACAGAGUAGAGCAGAGGUUUGAGCUGCAGGAGUGUGGGUGCUCAUGAGCCUUGGAGGAGGGAAGGCAGGAUUACAGAGACUGGGCCUCAGUAAGGCACCCCAGUGACCACCUGGCCAGCUGAGAGCUCCUGAGGUCUCAGACAGAGUACUUUGGGGUUUCUGAGUGUGGGUGAUAGAGUUGAGAUGUGGGGGGGGUGGGCAGGAUCCAGCACCAGAUGACCUCUUUCCUUUCUCUGGAUGUCCUGAGCAAGCUUCCCAUGUACAAAUCUUCCUGAGGAGGUGUUUAUAGUUGCACGUGUGGGGGGGGUAGGGUAUAGUGAACACAGGUGGGCGUGAGUACAGGUAAGCACAGGUGAGUUCUAUGAACACAAGUGCAGGUGAGCCAAGUGAGCACAAGGGGCACGGGUGGGCUCACAUGGGUUCAGACGGGUGCAACAACAGCAUUGUCUCAAGUAGACGAUGGAGGUGGAGGUGUCUGGGAGCAGACUCCGUAGGCACAAGGGCUCAGGGGUGCUGAGGUGCAGGAGUGGGGAGCCACCAAAUGGACAAGCUAGAGCACUGGGUGAGUAUGGCAGCCUUGUCCCUAUUCAGGAGACCAGAGAACAACCCAAAGUUCUGCUCUGUUCCCAUGUCACACCAAAAGCUAGUGUGUGGAGUCCUCGAGUUCUGUCACUCUGGGGAAGCCUGGGCUCAUGGUGCCAGGAGGCUGGGCCAUGCUCUCCUAGGCUGCAGUCCAGCUGUGUCUGCCCUUCUCUCUUGCCAGGACCUCCCCUCUGCCACUCCAAAUCACUCUGUACUGCCCCAACACCAUCACCCACAUUUUUCGUCUCAACACUAAGAACAACUGUGUCCUGGAGGGAUGGCGAGGGGAACCAGAGGAAGACCCUGAAGCAGCAGGAGUCGGGAGGGGAAAGGGCAGCGCCUCUCAAGUCCCUUCUUUGUAGCACAUCCAAGUUCAGAUAAACCUCUGCUUGCUCAUCAGCCUAUGUGAGGUGUCUGGUCACUGCUGGGAGCUGCCUCCCACCACUCAUGUUACCUAUUCACUUAAAACUCCAGGAUUCUUGGGCCUCCUCAAAGCCCAGACUCCUUCCUCUGGGCCUCAUCAAGGCUCAGCCUGGAUCCUGUGCUGACCCCUUUCCAUUCUCCACCCAAGGCAGCAAAUGACUACCUGCUCAUUCACUGCUCAUCUUCACCCCAUUAAGGCACAAACCUGCUUAUGACUUCCAUUUCUCAGGGCUCCUUGUCAUUUCAGGGGUAAAAUCCAGACCACCUGCCAAUUGUAGAACAUGGCAGGCUGUCUACUAUGGCUACCCCUGGGCCUUUACAUGUCCUAUCUGCUUGGUUCUUCCCAGGGUUCCAUUCCUGACAGUGUCUCUCCCUCAGAGCAGUGCUCUCACGUCAGCCCUACUGUCUCUUUCAGUUCCCUUUGCUUCUGGGUGUGAGAAAACCCACCCCUGUCCCCAGUCCAAGAAGUCCAGAUUCCCUUCACUUCCCUCAGCCUCUGUGCUUGGCUCCCAGUGUGGUGAUGUCACUCGAAGACUUGGUAUCUAUGGCCUCUUGUCUUCAGGGUCUCAGAGCAAGGUUGUCCCUCAACAGCACCUCAGCUCUGGGUCUCUCUCCACCCUGAGAGAUCAUGCAAGCCUUCCAUCUUACCCCACCAUUCCAGUCAAGGGUCCGGGAUGGCAUGAAUUCAUGACACCUGCAUUCCCAGUCCUGAACAGCUGAGUCAGAGACUUCUGUUUCCUUUUUCAACAAAUAUUAAGUAAUUGGCCCACUACUUCCAUCUGUGUAGCUAAGCAAGAAAAGUCCAGAAACAAAGAGGAAACCCACAUCACUGGGGUAAGGGUAAACAUUUUAACAAGGAACAAGAGAUGUUUGACACUGACUGAAGGAAUAGUGUACCACAACUCAAUGUGUGUGGGUACAUGGAUGUAUUAAUGCCUGCAUACAUGUCUGUCUCUGCGUGCAUGUAUAGUAUCUGUGGGUGCAUGCACAUCUGUGUAUAUAUGCACAUGUGUUUUUAUGCAAUGUUGUGUGCAUACAUGUUUCCCUGUGCCUAUGGUUGCAUAUGUUUAUGUGCAUGCAUGUCUCUGUGUGUACAUAUGUCACUGCAUGUAUGCAUGUGUUUGCACAUGUGUGCAGCACUGGUCUUAAAGAAGCUGUUAUAAACAAUGAGUAGUUCCCUCCUGGACCUGCAUGUACACACAUACAUUCUAAGACACAUACAUACGUGUGCAUAAAUGAACCCUCACACUCCAAUCAUGAACAGCAGUUAUGCAGGUUUAGGCGUGUACUGACAAGGAGGAGGAAACAGCUGAGGAUAAAAACACUGAGACAAAUAAACAGUCUAUAUCAGACAAAGAGGAAUUUCUGUUUUCUUUGGUCUAUUAAUUUUUUAAAACACACAAUGGACCAUGGAGGAAAGGAAGGACAUUAAUAACAUGAAGCCCCAAAUCACAGGGAUAAAUGAAGGAAGGACUGUGUGUGAAAAAGAAACAGAAACCAGGUCAGCAGGAGACACAGUGAGAUGAGAAUGCUGUUGAAACCAUCAGCAAGCUGCAGGAUCAGAGGAGAGAAGUGUCCGGGAGUCAGGAGAGAUUCAGGGAGCUUGUGACAGCAGCCUCACGUGAGGCCCAGAGGGAAGAAGCAGCAAUAAACGGAGCACUGGCAUUUGGGGAUGACAAGACUUUGAAGAUUUGAGCAUCAGAGAAAGGCCUAAGAUCUCAGACUGAUGACGGGGCAUGAGAGCUGACGAGUGGGUUGUGAAAUGUGUCCUUGAUGUCAUACAACAUGUUGCAAAGACUGGGAACAUUCAUCAAGAAAUCCUCCUGGGGAGAACCUAUAGCCCAAACUACCAGACAAUGAAAAUCCGAGGCAGCAAUGAGGUUCCAGGAGAGCAGAGGGGAAAAUGCCAAAUUUCAUAUUAAGGAUUAGGACAAAGGAUAUUUCAAGGACCACAACACUUCCAGGUGUAACACACAAACCCACUUUGAAACUCAUGGGAAGAAGCUUUUGUUAGGAGGGAGUCCAUGGCGACCUCUGCAAAGGACUGGGGAAACUGUGAACAGGGGGACAGCAACCUCCCUCCGCCUUGGGCAGUCACACAGCAACAGUCUAAACUAAGAUCAUUCUAUGUGCUGUCAGGAGGUGGAGGCAGUGAUGUUUCCGAUCAGUACAGAAAGGCUUUGAAGCACAAGUAUUUGCUAUAAGCAAGGAGCAGCUUCUAGAAUAAGAACCAGCAGAGUAAGUGUCCAAAGUGACCGAUUAGAUCAGGCUUUCCUCUGUGGAGGGGAUAGAACGCAUUAAACAAUAAUCUCCCAGGGUGGCAGAAAUUGCUGUAACUCUCCAAAUUCCACUGAAACGUAAGACAUGGUGUUCUAGUUGAUUCGUCACUUGUCAGGUAAUAUACUGCUAACACAGUCCUCAACUUUGUCACACUUCUUUUCAGUGCGACAGGAGCACAUGCUCGGGUUGGCCAGAGUCCCAUGCACAUUUGAAAAGAGUAAACAUGCUUUCUGUUAUUUAAGAGAAGGCUCUAGAGAUGCUAUCCAGGCCCAGCUGGCAACAAUGGUGUUCAAGUCCACUCUAGCCUUGUGUGUUUUCCCAAUAGAAACAUGUAAUACAUUUUUUAAUUAUUAUAACUUUUAUUGUGUGUGUGUGCAUGCAUGAGUUUAUGUGCCUGUGACUUGUGGGGACAAGAGGUUGAUGUCUAUUGCUUCUCACCUUAUUUUUUGAGAUAUGGUUACUCACUGAAACUACAGAUUGCCCGUUUGGCUAGACUGACUAACCAGCAAACCCUGGGAACCUGCCUGCCCGAGGGGAAUGCAGGAAAUGUCUGACGGGUUUACAGGUAGCCGCCACCACUCUCAGCUUUUACAUGGGUGCUGGAGAUCUGAACAUGGGUCUUCAUGGUUACGUGGCAAACACUUUACCCACUGAGCAGCCUCCCCAGCCCUAGAUAUGUUUGUUGUUGUUGGUGGUGGUUUAUUCAAGACAAAGUCUCACAUAGCCCAGAUUGACCUCAAACCCUCAAACCCAACGUGUAGUUGAGGGUGACCUUGAACUCCUCACCCUCAUGCCUCUACCUCCCAAAGUUGGGAUGAAAAGCAAGUAUGCAGAUCAUAAUCCCUCGACACCAGCACUUCCUAUACAAUGACAAACUGGGACAACCCAAAUGUCCACUGCAAAAAGAAUGAAUGAAUAAAUGGUGUAGCAGCCAUACAGUGAGCACGUAAGAACUGGCUGUUCAUGGUAAAUAGAUGAAUCCUAAGCAGGCUAAGGAGAGGAAGCCAGGCACAGGAGUACAGCCCACAGGAUGGAACCCACACAAGCUAGAUGCAGAAAUGGAUACACUCAGUGGAGAGUGGUAACUACUGGGUACUGGCAGCAUAGGCAAUCACAGAAAGAAAGAAAGUGUGUGCAGGCACGCUGAUUGUGUAUUCUAUCUGUGUGUCACCCGGGAGGUCAGCAAAUAGCAAGAAAUGUCAGGCAGGAUUAAAGUAAUGGAAACUCCUACCUGCAAACAGAAAGAGCAAACAGCACAUCGGAGUGGAAAGUGUUUGUGAAUCAUCUAAAUCCCAGCACAAACUCCAGUGCCUGACAAUCCCACCCUUCCCCUUGGCAUUGUGUCCUGAGCAGUAUGCUUCCAGCUGUGGGUCAGCAAAUCAAUCUGGGGAGCUUCAACUGGCACAGAUUGAAACAGAAGAAACGGGAAUCAAGCAGCAGGAGCCCAGGCGUGUUCUCAGGUAGCUUUUGGGAAAAACAAAAACAAAAACCUGUGCGUACACCGUGGACACAUACCAGGGAUUCCCAGGUCCCCCCCCCCCCCAAGGUCAGGGCAAUUCCAGGACCAGUUAGUGGCUUUGUGCCGAUGGAUCUCAAUUUGUGUGGGUGGCAGGUGGCCCAGAGUAUGAAGCCCUGGACUCAGACGUUUCUAGUGGAAAAGCACGAGUGUCCAAGAGCUAUGGCAACAAUGAGGUCACUGCCACCCUGUGGGAUGAGUUAUCUAUUGGGGAUGGAUGCCAAGGCUCUGUGCCCAAAUCUCAGUUUACCAGGGAGACAAGAGACUCCCGUAGUUGAUGGCACUACAGGAAGGGUGUCAGUUGCAAUUACCAAGAAGUUGUCAUGCCAGGCAGCUGCCUGGGGAUAGGGGAUACCAGGUCCAUCAGUAGGUGGAAGGGAUGAGGGAAGGAAGUGGCACCAUCUUCACGGGGGUUUCUGUGAGCGGCUCAGACUGCAUAGAGGAAAUAGCCUGUGAUAGUCUGGACACCUCCUCAGACUCUAGGCUACAAAGGGAUCUCUAGUUGCCUUUGCCUUUGUGGCUGUCUCGGUGUAAGUUUUGUAAGGAAUAGGUACUACUGUACCAUCAGCCAAGUAGGUGGGUAGGCGCCAAGCAAGCUGAGCACCAGAAACUGGUCAGCCAUGGAAGCGGCAGUCUUGCGUCUGAUAGGCCCCC